GAAUGUUUGUCACGUACACACGACACAAUAAUAUACAACUGGAGUGAAUAUUUGGACAGCUAUUCACAUGAUUGCGGAGGCCCGGGCAAUUGCUGUCAUCCAAUAGUUGGGUGGAUUGGGGGCUUUGGAAAAAUGAGAUGAACAUUGGGGCUGUCUGACGAUCGAGACGUCCUUCCAUUUUCCAGUGGGGCUGGGGGAGUCAACGUGACAAUGGUCCUUGGACGAAAUGAUAAGCGAAAGAGGAAGGAGGGGGAUCUGGUGGAUCUCAUGGAUCCUGCGUCAGCUGCUCCGAAGAGGGCAAAAGUCCACGCCCAGAGGAAAUUCGCGCAGGGAGUAGCGACGAUAUUCUCCCCCGUGGCACCCCUGAUAAAAGAAAAGGAGAGGCCCAAGCCAGCCUUGGUAACCGAGCUGAUAACGCACAAGCGCCCCAACACCGAGGACUUCCUGACAUUCCUCUGCUUCCGUGGGACCUCGAUCCUCCCGCCAAGCCUAAACUUCUUCAACCAAUCUAAAAAAGAAAAAUCAGAAACCAAAGCCCCACGCCGCGGUCACCGCACCCCUCCGCCGUCGAAUGCGCCCUCAAAAUGCGAACGAGAAGAUCCGAAGGCCCCAGCCCUCUCGAAACCAGCCCCAGGAGUCCCAGUGCCAAGCACCACCAAGAAGAAAUUCCCCAACGUAAUCCACAAAGCAGUGGCUGUAAACAAAUUCAAGACAGCCACGUCGACAGUCCAAGCCUUGAAGAAGAAAUACAAAGAGCAGAGACUAGCCAAACAGCGAAUUGAGAUUAAGCUGAAGACGUCAGUCAUGAGGACACGUUCAGCAGCUACUAGAACUCUCCUCAAGUCGCCGACAAAAUUAUCAUCAAACCCCUUCCUGAAGCACUUGGAGAAGAAGAGCCUGUGCUUGAGGAGCAGUGGAGCUGUGGAGAGGCUGACGAAGGCGAGUAAGCUGUCCCCCAAAGCGAAGAAGAAGCCCCUGAAAAAGAAGCUGGAAGAGAAGAGUGAAUCCAGUGGGGACUCUGAGGAUCAGUCCGAGGAUCAGUCGAUCCCCAAGAGAGCCAUGAAAUCGAGGACCCCAGCUGGCAAACAGACCCCCAAAGACGUGGCCAAAACGAAGAACCCUGGGAAGACCAAUUCAGACGCUGCGAGAAGAGUGACUCGAUCCCACCGAGAGCCAGUGCAGUCUCACCAGAAUCAGAGGCCCUCGAGGAAGACGAAAGAGGCUGCCGCAGUCUACAUGGAGAUCCUCAGUCGAAAGCUGGUGAGUCCGGACCUGGACAACGACGACAACAUGUCUCUGGAGAGUUUCCCAGAGGUGCCAAAUGCUCGACGAGACUCGGCUGUGAAAAAGGCCCUCAACGACAAGAGGAAGAGCCCCCAAGUGGCCAAGAAGAGUCACGACGACGACAAGACUCGGCCAAUUUCGGCCAAGAAGAGGAAUGCCAAGGGCUCCAAGUUCUCCGACAGCGACGACAACGACUCUGUUCAAUCCGAGAAGAGCAAUCAGGCGAGUGUGAAGACCCGAGCAAUAACACGAAGAAGCACAUCAGUCGUUAAAUCAUCCUCAGCGAUUCGUAAUUUGCGGUCGGCAGCCAAAUCCCCAGACCAAAAAUUUGAGAAAUCGACGAAAUCAGCUCCAAAAGCUGUGAGCGUUCUCAAAGAGAAGAGAAAGGUGAAGCCCAAACGGAAGAGUGACGACGAGAAGUCCAACGCCGACGAGAAGCCAAGAACCAAGAAAUUACUGAAGAAACCUGAGCACGAAGGGGAGUCCGAUGAGGAGCCCCUGGGGGCAGUCCUGAACAGGAUAAACAAGACGUCUAAGCCCUCGAAACUCCAGACCAAGAGAUCCCCAGCAAAAUCCAGCGAUGUGACCAAAAAAUUUCCCCCAGAACCUGUGAUAAUGAUCAAGAAGAUGAGCAAAAUCUCGAUAACCCCGAAGGGAUCUGACGACGAGGGUUCCUUUCGUGGUUUCAGUAAGAAGUCUGUGAAGAACGUGUCGAGUCCUUGUUCACUGAAAAUGAAUAAUGACGCCCCAAAGCCUGGAAAAACUGAUGAGAUCGAUGAGAAGCUGGAGGGACUGAAGGAUUGUGAUAAAGGGAGUGCCCAGACUGCCCCGAUAAUUCAAGACAAAGUGAAGAGUGACCCUGAGAAGCCUAGUGGCCCCCCUCCCCUGGAGAACAAUGUAAUUCUUCCCCAAAAGGAACUCCCUCAAUUUCCAAUCAAGAAGACGUCGACCCCUGUUCCCCCCAAGGCCCCCGAGAAGAAUUUCCUUGACGUGCCAACCCUGCAGUCGAUGGGUCGCAAGGAGCGAGUGAACAUGUCAACCGAGCAGAUAGAGAAAUGGCUGAACGAGAGUUCAAUGGUGAAGGAGGAGAGCAAGGCUGAGAUGGAGACUGUGAUCAACUUUUCGUAUGGCAUCGAGCCAGAGAAGCCAAAACUGAUAAUCCCAACAGUCCCAAAGAUUCCGAACCCCCCAAACCCCUGUCACCUAUCGAUCCCCACGAGGAUCCAGCACCUGGUGAGGCCGGUGAACGUUGCCAUCGCGAAGAUAGCUGAGAAGCAAUUGACCAGCACUGAACAGAGUCUCAAAAAUCACAAUAUCCUGAAGCCAGACAGCAUCAUCCUCUCGAGCACAGGAAUAGCGACUGCAAAGACCCCGAGCAUUCCCACGAACAGGAACAAGAUAAACGCUGACAUCAAAGAGAUCAUAAAAGGGAGAACAGUGAAAACCUUGGACAGUCCAGAGAAGACUAGUCACCAAGUCCCAGAGCCUGACGAGUCUGACAUCAACAGUCUCAAAGUGAUCAGCGAUAACGAGACUGUAACGACCCCAUCCCCCAACGACAAGAAGAAGAAUCAGUCCCUGGGGCGAAAGCCCUUCGUCUCGAAGGUGAAGGAACGAAAGCUUUCGGUGCCAAACUCCAAUGCCUUCUCCCCAGAGGACGAGAGCAGUGUUUAUGCUUUCAAGAACGAGACAGAAACGCCAGUUAACACGCCCUUCAGGAGAAAAAUCAGGGAGAACAGGAGUGAGACGAGCAUACACGAACCCAAGAAGCCCUCAGAGACUGACAAGUUCAAUCAAAAGCCAAUUGUCACGUCCAAAAGUCCGGACAAACCCCUUGGGCUCAACCACCAGCUGAACUCACCAUCGGAGACUUCUGUCUUCAAGAACAUCCCCUCGAUAUGGAAUAACGACAGCUGCUCCACCUCCAUCGCAGUCCAGAUAAACUUCAACGACUCCCCAGACUCCCAGGGACUGAGUAAUCCAUUCUACCACCUCCAGUCCCGCCAGAAUGCCCAGAAGAACCCUGAGAACACGAGCAACGAGAUCUCCACUCAAACAGAAAACUCGAACUCUAACGAGGACGAGAGCAACACGACGCAGGUAUUUUACAUUCCCCUGGAGAACGUUGGCAGGAACAUCUCUCAAUUCACGACGCUCCAAGGACAGCCGUUGAUCCAAGGAGUGGCUGUCAAACUGGGAACAGAGGGUCCAAAUGGUCCCAACCAGCGAGUGCUGCUGCGAGCGCAGCUGGUGACGAAACCGCCGUUAACAGUCACCAGGUGCCCACCCAUUGGAACAGUUCAGCCGACAACGAGAGCCCCCCAGGGGUCGAUGGACCCAGUGCCAUCGACAUCUACCUCGAUCGCUCCCCCAUCGCCAGUUAAAGUCGAUAAAAAACUCUCCGCAACCAAAUCAGCAACAACUGCUGAUCUUGAGACCCCGGAGAAGAUGAAGAAGCCAACAGCGAAGGCAGCUCCUCGAGAAGCCAAGAAGAAGUCCACAGACUCGUUGAAGAAACCUGAGAAUCAAAAACGUCAGGAGAAGAGAACGAAGAAGACUUCAACAUCCAACGAGACUGAAUCCUUGUCAUCCACCCAGAGCGGAUCCCUUGGUGCAUCGAUAACGAGUGACAGAUCGGAGGCUCGUCUGGCAGAUGCCCCCACCUUCCACCCAACGGAGAAGGACUUCCAGGACCCCCUGGAGUACAUCGAGAAGAUUCGUCCCCUGGCUGAGAAGUACGGGAUCUGCAAAGUGGUGCCGCCAUCGAACUUCAAGCCUGAGUGUAAAGUGUCAGAUGACAUGCGGUUCACAGCUUACAAUCAGUAUGUCCAUAGAAUGCUGCAUCGAUGGGGCCCGAAUGUCAAGGAGAUGAUGGCGAUAAAGAAAUACUUGGCUACGCAAUCGAUUACGUUGUCACAGCCCCCUUGGAUAGGGGGAAUGGAGGUGGAUCUUCCCCAUUUGUACCAGACGGUCCAGAGUCUGGGGGGCUUGAAGGAGGUCAUCGAGAAGAAGAAGUGGCAGAAGGUGGCGGACGGCAUGAAGAUCCCGAAGUCCGCGCAGGACAGGGUGACCAAGCUCGAUGACAUCUACUGCAAGUAUCUUCUGCCUUAUGAUACGUUGAGCACUGAGGAGCGGGAGAAGCUGUUCGAGGACGUGGAGACCGAGUGGAGGAAGAGGGAGACGAAAGCUCUGGAGAGGCUCAACGACUCCACAACUUCGUUGUCCUCUAUGGACACCAGCAAUAAUGAGGAGGAGGAGGACGAGGACAGCUCUGAUGACACGGAGGAGUGCAUCGUGAAGGGCAGGAACAUGCCCCUGAAUGCGUUCUACAGGAUAGCGAGGAACACCCAGAGGAUGUGGUUCGGGGAGAGUAAUACUAGGAAUCAGGGGAAUGAGAGUGAGGCGUCUUCAGGGGAUGUUGAAAGUGCUUUCUGGAGGCAUGUGUCGGAGAGGAAGAGGCAUGUCUGUGUUCAUGCUGCUAGUAUUGACUCUAGUGGACGGGGGUUUGGCUUCUCGGUGGCCAAGAAUAGCCCUUUUGCCAGGCAUCCUUGGAAUUUGAAGGUGUUAACAAAUAAUUCUGGGUCAGUUCUGAGAGCCCUGGGACCACUCAUGGGGGUGACAAUCCCCACAAUCCACGUGGGGAUGCUCUUCAGUGCUUGCUGUUGGUACAGGGACCCCCAUGGGCUCCCCUGGAUCGAGUAUCUUCACACUGGAGCGAAAAAAAUCUGGUAUGGGAUACCCAAUGAGUUGAAUGAUAAUUUCAGAGAGGCGCUCUCGAAGAUGGUCCCCAGGUUCUGCAAGAAUAAGAAGAUCUGGUUGCCGAGUGACACUGCUAUGGUCCCACCUGAAAUGCUAGUCUCCAAUGGAGUCCCUCUUUGCAGGACUGUUCAGGAGCCUGGACAGUUUAUCAUCGUCUUCCCAAAGGCUUUUACCUCUAGCAUCUGCACGGGGUAUGUCGUCUCGGAGAGCGUUUAUUUCGCCCAGACUACUUGGCUGGGAAAUGCUGAGGAGAUUUUCAAGGAUCUGCAGGAUAGCUGCGAACCUUCCAUGUUCUCGUUUGAGAGAUUAAUGUUCAGUAUUAUCAAUGACUCCAGGUCACAUAUUGAUAUUUUGAAACAGAUACUGCCAGUUAUGAUGAAGAUAAGAGAGAAAGAAUUGCACUAUCGACAGCAAUUGGAAUACUACGGUUUAUCGAAGAAGGAGAAAUUGCCACUGCCUGAUAACGGAAAACGAAAGAAAGCUGCCAAGGUGAAGGAGGAUGAUGGGGAUUUUGAGUGUGAGACCUGUCGGAUGAAUCUCUUCGUUUCACUGAUGAAUAAUUCACUGGACGACAGUACAUACUGUCUCCCCCACGCUUUGCAAUUAAUUGCACAUAAGAAGCAGGUUUUGAAACACUGCACCUUGAAGUAUACGUAUAGUGAGGACGAACUAGACGAUCUAAUCCACAAAUUAGAAGACAGAAUCGAAGCGAAAUCAAAGAAAAAAUCGUCAAAACAGUCAGACUAAAGUCCCAUUCCCCCUUACGGUUGCAAUUAAUUAAUGUAGAGGCACAAGAAAAAUUGUAUCCUCGAAAUCCCCGCAUCACAUUUCUCGAGUGCCAAAUGUCAUUCAUAAUUAUUUCCCAACGCAUCAGCCUUAAUUUAAAAUGCUAGAGUAAUUUAAACGUAUUAAUUAGUGUAUAAUAAUGAACAUAGAAGAGUUUACUUACAUUAUUUAUCUGCAAUUAGUCGUCAUUAUUUCCACCAAUGAUAUUUAAUCAUCAAUUUCAAUAUUGAGUUAAGCUAAAGUCACUGGAAUAAGAGACGUAUUUCGUUUAUUUAAUUACACAUUUUACAUACAUAUGUUGAAUGCAUCGACCAAUGAAUUAGAUAAAAAUUAUGAACAAGUGAUUCUACGAUCACUGAGGAUUACUGAAGAAAAAUUACAAAAAUUCCUUCGAUGACUAUUUCGAAAACAUCAACUGUUGUGCGUAAUUCAGUAAUAAAAGUAAAUAAAGUAGAAAAGAAAUGCUCUCGCUUCUGUUCGAGCGUUGAAAAACAAAUUGGAAGGCUUUUAUACAUAAUUUUAAAUGGAUACAGUGGUACGAGUAAUUGACAAAAAGCAACUACAUACGUAUACACAUUACUAAAAUGAUAACAAAAUAAAUAUCCGUUAGUCGAAUGAUAAAAGCCAACUCUAUGACUGUUCUCUCCGUUGCAAUAUAUCAAAAAGUACAUCACUGUUAUUGUCUUUGUCCUUGAAAUCAUCUUCAUCAUCUGUGCUGAAAUUCGAACUCAACAAAUUCGUCAAUGAUGUUGAUUUUUCAUUCAACAAUGGCACAUUUGUUCCACCCGUAUCUUCGAAUGUUGAGGUAUUACUUGUGACUGAAUUGGAAUGUAACUCGAGAUUGUCAGACAUUUGUUUCUUAUGAAGUAGUAUUUUUUGUAUGACGUGAAGUGUUAUGCCACCGAGACACACCAAUAGACCUAUAGCAUUCAGGCCACUCAUCUCAUCGCCUUUAAAUUCAACAGCUAAUACGACGGUACACAAUUCCUGUAUUGAGAAAGUGAAAAUAGAUGAUUAUAGAGAGUA